ACUAUUUGGUGAAAAAUUUUCCUCAGCGCGGCUACAUUGCAGCCCGACGAGGACGAUUUCAAACAACAGGAAUCCCACAAGUGGCCCAAAGUGUGUCAUGACCGUCAUCACACCCCGCCCUGCCGCCAGCGCGGCCUUCUUGUGUCCUGUACCGCUUUGUAUCUCUUAGCAGGUCCUCCUCCUCUUGGUCCUCUCCUGGUUUUCACCCACUGCCUUUAGCGGCAUUACACUAUUUAUCGUUUUUCCCAACCGACCACAGGGGACCACGACCCCCACCAGGGAUGGACCAUUAAUUUCGUAUUUGGUAAUCGCUAUUCGUAAUCGACUACAUUCGAAUAUCGAAUUUGGGUGUAUUCGUAUUCGUAUUCGAAUAAUUAUUGAUAGAAAUCCAAGUAUUCUAUUUCGUAUUCGAAUACACAAACACAACUCUGGUAUCCACUCCAGCACGAGUCCCGCACACACUACUGGAUCCCCCGGCCGCGGCCACCCCGCCCUGCCCCGCCGCGGGGUGUUGGAUCCCCGCCUGGCCCGGCCGUGUUUGGGUCCCGCGCCUAUAGCCGCGGCGGCUGACGGCACGGCACGGCACGGCACUGACAGCCCCCACGGCAGGCACCCGCCGCGGUGGUAACCAGCAGUCCUGCGAGGCGUGUGGUGGAGGGACCGGCGCGGCACGGACAGGCCGCCAGACAGAGUUGUAAUGGGUCCACAAGGAAGGGUGAGGUGAAACAAGCCAGUGCCUGUAAAGUGCCGUACUGGUAAAUGUUGUGAGGAGAAAAAAGCAUUUGAGGACGCAGAAGAAACUCAUACAGAUUACGAAAGGAGAAAGGAAAGUGGAAGAAGCAAAGUGAAUUGUGUAUGGAAAAUGAAAAAAAAGAACAAAGUAUAUAAAAGAUAACAUAGAGUUGCUGUUUGAUGGACACAGAGUGGAAGAAGCAAAGGAAAUUAUGUGUGGAAAGUGGAAUAACAGGAAACAUCAGCGGAAGAACCUGGAGAAUUGAAGGGACAAGACUGAACUAGACUACUGAAGCUCGUCAGGGAAGCGCCGUUAGAAAGACAAAGCUUCCCAAACAACACCUGACCCAACCCAGGAGUGUUCGGGCCGUGCGUUGAUCAGCUGUCCAUGGGCUUGAGGGGAUCCGUGUAGUGUGGAUGGCUGUAGGGUGGAGCUGCUCACCAGGAUAAGAGGUUGUUGCAGGGCACGGUGAAGCAUGGCGGGCUACGGGGCACCAGUGGGGGAGAGGUGUCGGUUUUGUGGCUUGGACCUUCCCCCCGAUGCCGUGGCUGUCAUGACGCACAUCAACACACACUGGCGGCAGUUCAACCUGGAGUCCCUCUCGCUGAGUCCCUGUGCCUUUGAACCCCAGCUGGACAUACGCGUCGGCAACACUCCGAUCACCCCCGAGGACCUGGAGGUGUCCACACACACCGAGCAGGGCUUCCAGUACACCUACUCACCGCAGACCGAACCUUCCAACCUGACGAUUAACGGCGCAAGAUGUUCGCCUUUGAACCUCACCGGACGUCCAAAAUCAACAUCCCCGCUGUCGUCGCCCUUACCCGCCCCUCCUCCACCCCCUGCCAGUCACCAGGCACCUAUAGGGGUCCACCCUGGCCUCAUCCCAAACAACUGCCACCACCCAUACUCCCUGGGCAUGCUGGGCACCCCGCAGCCCCCUCCCCAGAUACAGCCAACACCCAUCCCCCAAAACAUCAACAUGAUCCCCCACAUGGAGCCCCACGAGGAGGACCUGGGGAUGAUGAAGAGGAGGAGACGGCCCGACAGGAAUCCAGAGAUGAGGUGUCACAUCUGCGGCCGGACGUUCUACACGAAGGCCUCCUACGAUGAGCACAUGGACAGCCACAUGAAGGACAAUGAGUACAUCAUGAAUGCCCAGAUGGACCAAGGCCACAUCAUGCCAAAUGUCAUGUCCUGUGCGGUUCAGGACAAGCCGUACAAGUGUGCCAUGUGUGACAGAGGGUUCCUGUACAAAGAGGAGCUUCAGGAGCAUGCAGAGAGUCAUGAGGCAGCCAAGCCUUAUAAGUGUGACAUCUGUGGUGCUGGACUGUCCCACAUCAGUGCCCUGCGGAGGCACAGACUUGCCCACAGUGGGUACAAGCCGCACAGGUGUGAAAUAUGUAGUCGUAGUUUCUUUCAGAAGUGUGACCUUCAGCGGCACUACCCGACACACGCCAAGUCCAAGCAGCAGUGUGGCGUGUGUAAAAAGAAAUAUUCGUCCCUUCAUUUCCUAGAAAACCACAAAUGCAAGGCCCCUGAACCCAAGCCCUUUAAGUGUAACAUAUGUGGUGAAGGCUGUGCCAACAACAUGGCCUGGAGUUACCACAUGUGGAAACACACCAAAAACCCUAUUUUUGUGCCCUUUCAAGAAAAGUUUACCCCACAAACUGAAAAUUGGCCUGUUCGCAGCGGGGUGUAGACAUGGCAGCGCUAUUUUUUUCAUUUUAGCCAGGAAGAUAUAUCCCAAUGUGGGCAAUGUUAAAGCACUCAUACAGGGUGCUUUAUUUUUACUAAUAUUAUUAAAAUGAUUUAUUGAUUCUUUUAAUGAGCAUAGAACUGCAUGAAAUGAUGUUGAAAUAAUUUUGAAUGUUUUUUUUCUACAAUAUGCUAUUUUCAUCAAGGCAAGAAAAUUUACAGUCUUUUAUGAAUUUUCAUUUGUAAUUCUCAAAUUUUUUUAAUUUGAAUACAGCUCUGCAAAUGGCAUUGAAAAUAGGUGUCACCCUUCUGCCCAAGAAAGUUAAGAGAAUUUAAAUUCUGGUGUUAGUGAGCAGCUAUAAUGUCCCACUGCAAGCAGGCCAGUUCUUCAUGUGAGUGACUGAAUGACACAGCUGAUCAACAUGCCAGUUCAUGUCUUGACAUCUUGACAGGAUGAGAUCCUAUCCUUUGAAAACCUUGGGACCAGAUAUUUUGCCAAAUUAUGGAUUUACUUCAGAAGGAACAUUGUCAGUAAUAAGGUAACUACAUCAUCUUUGCUAAGUUGUAAAUCUUUCCCUGUCAUUUGGCACCCUUGCUAUAGGCUGCUGAUACUUUUAACACCCAAAUGUUAGGCUGCUGAUGCUUUAAAUAUCACAAAUACAAUGUGUGCUCAUAGCUGCUGAAACAAUGCUUCAAGCAUUAACCUUUACUGGUACAAAUGGACAAGUUGUAUCUGUACUCAAAUGAAGUGACAGACUGAAUGUGUUGGUGGAAGAAACUAGAACAACUUGUCUAGAUCCUGGGCCCACACUUAUAAAGCAGAGACUUCAUCUAAGGCUCGUCUGAAGCAAUCAAAAUGCAGAACAUCCCACAAAGUCCACAGGAAUUUGAUGGCAGCACACCGCGCCUUAGGCUGCCUCUGUGGCAAGGGUUGAGUUCUACUUCUACACCUUGAACUGACAUCUGCAUCUUAUGUGGGAAAUGACUUGUGUCUACAGGUAAAAAAUUCUUUUAUAAGUAUGGGCCCAGGGCCUGCACAGUGGACAGGAGCAGCUCACCAGAUUGACAAGCAUCUGUUAUAGAAUGUGUUGUUGAGUGAAUGGUAUCCAUGACACAACAGUACCACCAGUACAACAUCCCUGCCCCGCAUGUUUUGUGGUUGGAGGACUGAGCCACCUCCUGGCAACACUGGUGCUGCAGCAGGCUGUGGCAUCAUUCUGAACAAGGCUUGCAUCAGUUGUGGGACUAGUUUCAUGUUCGUGUGGAGUGCCAUCUCCGUGAAGACCAGGCUGUAGAGUAUUGUAAAUGUCAGAAUAUCCCGGUACAGUGUGCUAAGUGGAAUCAUUGGUGCAGCAACAGGAUGUGUAAUAAUGUUUUGUGCUAAAACUAUUUGAAAAUUACCUAUCCAGUUUUGUAUUAGAUUCUUCAUGUCCUUCAUGCAAGAGUAUAAAUUCAUAUAUUUUGCAAAGAAAAGAAAACUUGACCAGUAAUUUAAGCAGAUUUAUGUUUACUGUAUGUAGAGUUGAUCAUCAAUUGCUGCAGGUGCCAGCAAUAUUUUAAACAAACUUAUCCAUAAUAUUUUGUGUAUACAUUGUGUUCAACAAAAAUUCCCAUCAGUGUGUAUGUAAAAGUAAAAUGAGUUUGGAAAUGUAUAUCUGCAUCACUUAUAAGAAGUUCCUUGGAACAGUGGACCUUCAGGCGCAACAACUCUUCAAGUCAUGUUAUUUUUAUUCCUUCCAAAAUAUUAUUGCAACAAAUAUCUAUAUGUUGUUGAUGCUUUUAGUACAUAUUAUAAGCUUAUAUAAGAACAAUUUUUACUCUACAAGUAAAAAUACCUAGUCAUGAAAUGUACCAAAGAUCUCAGCUCCUAUAUGUUUAAACUGCAACCCAAGUUUCUAAAAUAAAAACGAGAAUUAUGUAAA